AUAGAAAGUAGUAGCAGGCAGAUUUAUCCAUCGUGUAUGCAAACUUUUCCACAUCAUUGUAUGGGUACAGGUUUUUGUCCUCCUGAGUAUAAUGGCGUGUUUUUGUCUCCUGUCAGUGACUUAUUAUCGCCCAGUCACGCGUCCCACCCACAGAGAGCUGCGCUGACAGCACUGAGCUCUGCAUAAAUGGGCAGAGGUAGACUGCUGGACACAACUACAAACACUGGACCACGAUUUUUCUCUGUUUUCAGGGGGAUUUUUCGGAAUACCGCCCCUCUUCUCGUUUUACUUUCACUUUUACAUUCAGCCAGCGCGGGACAGAAGAGCCAGUGUCAGGCUUUACGGGACAAACAACAGGACCAUUGUACAUCUGCAGUCAUGGCCGCCAUCAGCAGUGCUAACACAGACUUUGCCUUGGCCCUGCUCCGAACUCUGAGCCAAGCAAACCCCACUGGGAACAUCUUCAUUUCCCCGCUCAGCAUCAGUUCAGCCCUGGCCAUGGUUUACCUGGGAGCUAAAGGAGACACUGCUGCUCAGAUGGCAAAGGCACUCUCGUUCAGCUCUGGUGAAGGCGUGCAUGCAGACUUCCAGACUCUAAACGCUGCCAUCAACUCACCAUCUGCAUCGUACAUCCUUAAACUGGCUAACCGCCUCUAUGGAGAAAAAACAGCCAACUUCCUCCCUGAGUUUCUUGCAGCCACUCAGAAGUUUUACCAGGCAGACCUGAAGGCUGUGGAUUUCCUCGGGGCUCCGGAGGCCUGCAGAACGGAGAUCAACAGCUGGGUGGAGCAGCAGACAGAAGAUAAAAUCAAAGAUCUUCUGAAGCCAGGAACAGUCAGCUCAAUGACCAGGCUGGCUCUGGUUAACGCCAUCUACUUUAAGGGGAACUGGAAGAACCGCUUUGAUGCAGCAGACACCAAAGAGAUGCCCUUUAAAAUCAACAAGAAUGAGAGCAAGCCAGUCCAGAUGAUGUACCAGAUGAAGAAGCUGCCCUACAACUACGUCCCUGAGCUCAGUCUGCAGAUCCUGGAGCUGCCGUACAUUGAUGAGGAGCUCAGCAUGUUCAUCCUGCUGCCUGAGGAGUCUGCUGAUGGCUCUGACCCUCUGGUGAAGCUGGAGAAAGAGAUAACACAUGAGAAGCUGGAUGAAUGGACCAACAGAGACCUCAUGGAUGUCCACUCUGAAGUCGUGGUCCACCUGCCCAGGUUCAAGCUGGAGGAAGACUACGAGCUGAAUGAGCCACUCGCCAAACUGGGCAUGACAGAUGUGUUCAGUGCAAAGGCUGAUCUGUCUGGCAUGAAUGGAGAGGGAGGACUGUUCCUGUCUACGGUGGCCCAUAAGGCCUUUGUGGAGGUGAACGAGGAGGGAACAGAGGCGGCUGCAGCCACAGCAGGCAUGGUAGCAUUCUGCAUGUUGAGGGAGGAACACUUCAAGGCUGACCACCCCUUCCUCUUCUUCAUCAGGCACAAUAAGACCAAGUCCAUCCUCUUCCUUGGCAGGUUGUCAUCUCCUCAGUAGACAAGGCCAGCAGAUGGAGAUGUUGGAGCAAUUCAAAUAAAAAUUUUCAAAAUCCUUGAAGUGAA